GGUUCAAAAAUGGCAGCAGAGAAGUAUUCCAUCCUGCUUCCAACGUACAACGAGCGGGAAAAUCUUCCUAUCAUCAUAUGGCUCAUUGUGAAGUACAUGCAAGAGGCGAAAAUCAACUACGAAGUGAUCGUUAUUGAUGACGGCAGUCCGGACGGAACGCUAGAGGUUGCUAAGCAGCUGCAAAAAAUAUACGGCGAAGAUCGCAUCCUGCUCCGGCCAAGGGCCGCAAAGCUGGGCCUUGGGACGGCCUACAUUCAUGGAAUAGAGCACGCUACAGGCGAUUACAUCAUUAUCAUGGAUGCCGAUCUGAGCCACCACCCCAAAUUCAUUCCACAGUUUGUAGAGCUACAGAAGAAGGGUGACUUUGACAUAGUUUCUGGCACGCGGUACAAGGGUACCGGCGGUGUGUACGGAUGGGACUUUAAGAGGAAGUUGAUCUCGCGUGGAGCUAACUUUCUUUCCCAACUGUUGCUGAGACCGAAUGCUUCCGAUCUAACAGGAUCCUUCCGGCUGUAUCGUAAAGAAGUGCUAAAGGAGUUGAUAUCUCGAUGCACUUCGAAGGGGUACGUCUUCCAGAUGGAAAUGAUCGUCCGAGCGCGUCAACUGAAUUACUCCAUCGGAGAAGUUCCGAUAUCCUUCGUGGACCGUGUGUACGGACAGUCGAAGCUCGGAGGUUCGGAGAUAAUACAGUUUGCGAAAAAUCUGUUGUAUCUGUUUGCCACCACGUAG